UUUCAACGGUGAAUUGCCGUAUUAGUAUCCCCCAGGCCACAAUCUAUGUGAUGAACGCUGGAUCCUUGUUAAAAAAAGUACACGAUAGUGGAUGAACCAGACACGCUCUUGCAAAUUGUGCGUUAUUUCAAUCACUGUCUAUUUAACUGACAGGAGAAUUUCAACAACCAUGUCAUUUUUUUGUCCCUCCACUUACUCAUGACACGCACGUCACAUCUUUGCCAGUCGGAUCUAUUCAAGAUACGCUCAGAGGUCCUCAGCCGCGAUGUUCGGACGGUUCUCUCGUACGAGAGAGCCAAGGCUAUUGGCUUAGCAUUCGGCAUCACCUUACACGACACUUUGUAUUUGACGCAAAAAUUCUGGGACAUGCACACCGACCUGAUCGCGGUUCACGACGCUGCUGCGUGGACGCUGCUAAUAAUCCAGUACAAUUUGGCCGCAGGAACGCUUGCACGAUAUGCUGCAACUACUAGACCUGAAUUGGUUUCCCUCGUUGAGGACAUUCUUCGAUGGAAUGUUAUCGCCCAAUUCUGCCUUACCGAGUUAGGGAGAGGCCUAGAUAUCUUCCGGAUGAAGACAGCAGCGACACUUCUCCCAUCAGGUGAAUUCGAUCUUCAUACGCCUUCGCCCUCGGACGCCAAGUUUAUGCCGCCGACUAUUCCAAUGAAAGGUCUUCCGUGUGUCGCCAUUGUGUUCGCACAAUUAUACGUGAAUGGUGAAUGCCGUGGACCUCGACCGUUUCUAGUCAACCUGAACGACGGAUACAAUAUGUGCAACGGGGUGACUUCGAAGUUGCUACCACCCAGAGGAGGCUCAGAUCCUGUCAACCAUGCACUUACAAGCUUCCAUCAUGUCCGUUUGCCACCUUCAGCCCUUCUCGGGAACCUCAACAAGUCCAACAAAAUACAAAGCGACUUUAUUUCCUCUAUAUGGCGUAUCACGGUCGGGUCGCUAGCACUCAGCUCAUAUGCAAUACCAGAUCUCCAGAUGUCGUCAUAUAUCGCUGCACGUUACUUUCAGCGUCGCCAUGUCACUGGCGGGCAUGGCAAGCCUGUGCCCAUAAUUUCAUACCGGACGCAACAGCUCCCUUUACUGAAUGCCAUCGCGCAGGUGUUCGUGCUAAAAGCGCUUUACAAAUGGGCUGUAGGGCGGUUCACAGACAAGAGUCUUGAUGAUCUUGUGCGACGUAGCAUCGCGAUAUGCUCCAAAGCAGUCAUGACCCAGCACGCACAAGUUGCCAAUUAUGCCAUGUCCGAAAGAAUGGGAGCUCAAGGUCUUUUUGAAUAUAAUCGGCUGACCAGUUAUUAUAACGUGGUGAGGGGAAUUAGCAUUGCUGAAGGUGACAUUUUAGGGCUCUCCAUGCGAAUUGUGACAGAUAUCUUGACACAAAAGUGCACGCCGCUUCCCUCGACGCACCCAAACGACCCCCUCGCUUUGCACGAAGUCUCGUUAUUUGAGGAGGCGACUGCAUCAGUUUCCUCCUCAUCCGACUUCACACUAGCUUUCAUGGAAUAUGUGCAGCCACGCUGUCAAUUGAUGGUCGAGUCCAUGGGACAUCGUAUGGCUUAUGACGCUGCUGUCGACCAAGGCGUCUCACAGUGUCUCAUCGAUGUAUAUCUUGUCAGCGCAAUCAAGACAGAUCCUGCGUGGUAUGUGGAGCGUGGGAUGGUUACGCGGCAGGAAAUUGCGCGUAUGGAGGAUGCCGCCCUGUUGGCAGCCCUACCCCGACUGGAAGAGUUUCUCGCAGGAAUGGAGGUUGAGCCAUACGUCACGUCACCCAUCAUAUCUGAUGAGCGUUGGGAGGAAUUUAGCAAGACAUUACCUGUCUUUAGCACCCCUCAUGCUAAGGUGCCAGUCCAGCAGAAUUUUAUUUUGGAGCGAGCUCGGCUUUGAUCCGUUUUUUGCCCUACUUAUGGUGCUAUGACUUAGACAAGAUCCACCAUUCCCCACCAGCCUGGUGGAAUAAAAUAUUUUAGCUACCUGAGAUCCUUCGUUAAAAUUCGUACAAGUUUGUACCGGACUAGUGAUAAACAGUACAAGAACUUGUCGCUGACAAGGAGCUGGUGCACUGCUCCAAAAUACGACGCCAGGAAAUCAUAGCGAUCU